CCUGCCUGGUAUUUCUGUAGUAAGAAGUCAUGGCUAUCCUGUUUGCUGUUGUUGCAAGGGGCACAACCAUACUUGCCAAGCAUGCCUGGUGUGGAGGAAACUUCCUGGAGGUGACAGAGCAGAUCCUGGCUAAGAUACCAUCCGAAAACAACAAACUGACCUACUCCCAUGGGAAUUACCUGUUUCAUUACAUUUGUCAAGACAGGAUUAUAUACCUCUGCAUCACAGAUGAUGACUUUGAACGAUCUAGAGCCUUCACCUUCCUGAAUGAAAUAAAGAAGAGGUUUCAGACCACCUAUGGCUCAAGAGCACAAACAGCCCUUCCAUACGCUAUGAACAGCGAGUUCUCGAGUGUCUUAGCUGCACAACUGAAAUACCACUCGGAGAGCAAGGGUACUGACCAGGUGGCAGAGACACAAGCCCAAGUUGACGAACUUAAAGGAAUCAUGGUUCGAAACAUAGACCUAGUGGCACAAAGAGGAGAGAAGCUGGAGUUGCUGAUUGAUAAAACAGAGAAUCUUGUGGAUUCGUCAGUUACCUUCAAAACUACCAGCAGGAACCUUGCUAGAGCCAUGUGUAUGAAGAACCUCAAGCUUACCAUCAUAAUCAUCAUUGUAUCAAUUGUAAUCAUCUAUAUUAUUGUAUCAGCUGCCUGUGGUGGGCUUGCAUGGCCAAGCUGUGUACAGAAGUAAUUGGAGGUGACUGGUGCUGGUCAGUUGAAGAUAAAAAUCACAGGAGUGUGAAGAAUCAACCUACGGAAUAACUCUUAAUCUUUCACUACUGACACCUUCUCAUUCUUCCAUCCCUCCUGGACUUCAGACUUUUUUUGCCUUACCAACCCAAACAGGCCCAACAGUCCCUGCUUCUGUGCAGCUGUAACCUCAAGAAUGGGCUGUUUUAAAUUACUUGAAGGAUUUUUUUGUUCUUCUGUCCCAACUACAACCUUCUCAGCUGGGUUGGGGAGUACAGCCAGCUCUGAAGUGUGUGCAUGCUUGCCCAUAUGUACAUGCAGCUUUGCACUUCAUGUGAAUGUAUUAAGUGGACAACAGUAUUGCUAGCAGCUGUCUUACCCCUGAGGAUGGCCUUGGAAAGUAAUUCAGGGUGGGAUGAGCCAAACAAGGGGAAGGGAUGAGAUGUGAGUUGAGUGGGUUUCUGUCUCUUACAAAUAAGAGACCCAAGUGUCUCUGCACACCUGGCUGUGCAU